AUGGCAUCAAACGCUUGCAAACUUCUUUGCCUCGUUCUCUUUCUCUCCUUCGUUGCCCGAGGAUAUGGGCUCUGUGCUCUUAGUUAUCUGAAUGUGAAACAAACGAAGACCGGAAGAUUGGUUCAGAACAAACCGGAGUGGGAAGUGAGAGUGAGGAACCCUUGCAAAUGCAGAUUCCAGUACGCAAAGGUGUCGUGUGCCGGUUUCCAAUCAGUCACACCCGUCCCCACCUCGUCGUUGUCAAAAUCCGGUGACAUAUGUCUGCUCAACGCCGGCAAUUUCAUCUUCCCUCAAGUAGACUUCGUUUUCAAAUACGUGUGGGACACGAUGUUCGACUUCAAGGUCAUCGACGGCGUAAUCGUUUGCUACCGAGAUGUCCCGGUUUAA